AUGGGUCUGGUGGCAGACAUCCACCUGGACGGCGCUCCUGGUGAGCGCCUAGAUGUCAGCCCAUGUAUAGAUGACCCUACAGUCCCGGACUCCGACGCCAGCGGACCUGAAGAAGUGGAUGAAUUCAAAGACCGAAAGAUGUCUUUCUACGAUGAAAGAGGAGCCGCUCCUGCGACCCAGUUCAGCUUCUUUACAUCGCAACUGGAUUCUGUCAUCCAUUCGUCCACCAUCCAGUCCCUGCGGUCGUUCUAUAAACCCUUCGACACGCUGCUAGACACCACAGAACAUUCCGGGCUAUGGUGGCUCGAUGUAACCGUCCCCACGGAUGAUGACAUUGAAAAACUUUCGCAGAUCUUUGACGUCCAUCCGCUGACCACUGAAGAUAUCAAAAUGCGAGAGUCGCGAGAGAAGAUCGAAUUGUUCGGUCGGUAUUACUUUCUUUCCCUGCAGCCGGCCCGGCAAGUCGAGGCCGUCGAUGGCACUCGAUCUUCCUCUCCGAACGUGUAUGCUAUCAUCUUUCGUGAGGGUGUCCUCAGCUUCAACUUCGGCAACAGUCCCCACGGGGGUCAUGUCCGAAAUCGGAUCAAGGAGCACCGGAGCCAUCUAGCAUUGACCAGUGACUGGAUCUCUUACGCCCUCAUCGAUGACAUCGUGGACGGCUUCGCGCCUUUUAUCAAUCGCGUCCAAGCCGGCGUUGAAUUGAUCGAAGACGAUGUGUCCAUAACCCGGCCGGAUGACAUCGGUCUAGCACUUCACCGCAUCCACCGAUAUCGGAAAGAGGUUCUGCAAAUCCGCCAACUGAUGAACGACAAAACCGACGUCAUCCGCUGCUUCGAUCGCCACUGCGGCUCGUUCGGUCCCUCAACCAUGGAUGUCACUUUGUAUCUCGGCGACAUCCGUGACCACGUGCUUUCCAUGAUGGCCGAUCUGUAUAAUGCAGAGCAGAUGCUGUCGCGAGCACAGGAGAAAUAUCUGAGUCAGUUAGCGUUCGAUUCGACGCGCAUGCGUAAUGACAUUGCGGCAACUCUUAGCCGGCUCACGGUCAUCGGCGGGAUCAUUGUGCCAAUGCAGUUUCUCAUCGGUCUCUUCGGUAUGAACGUAACUGUCCCGGGGCAGACUCCGGAGGACGAGGAUUCGCCACCAGUCAACUGGUGGUAUGGUAUCUUGGGGGUGAUUUUGGGUUUGAUCUUUCUCGGGUUGAUCACUGCGAAGCGGCUCCGAUUUAUUUAG